AUGGCGAAGGCGCCGGGCCCCGGGCCGGCGGGCGGGAAGGCGCGCGGCAAAGGCCGGAGCCGCGGCCGGAGCCAGGCGGCCGCGCCGCACAAGGGCCCCGGGGCGGCUGCUGUGGCCGCGGCCCCGCCGCGAAGCCCCCACGAGUUCUCGGCGAACUGGAAGGCGCUGCAGGAGCUCCUGAAGCAAAAGGCGAAGGGCGCCGAGGAGCCCGACGCCGCGCGUGCGAAACCGCCCGGCAAGAAGCAGGCGCCCAAGGGAGGAGGCGCCCGAGGAGAGGCAGCCGCCAAGGGGAAGGGGAGCGCGGCGAAACCCAAGUCUGCGAGCAAGACCAAGAGCGCUUCUGCUGAAGGCAACCCCCCUUCGGAUGCUAAAUCCAAGGGGACUGCGGGGGACAAGGCUUUGAACAGCACCGGGAAGGAUGGCAAAGGGAAAAAGAAGAAUGGCACCAUUGAGAAGGAGCGGGGUGAUAUAAAGCAUAAAAGGAGGAAAGCUGAGGAACAUGUGGAGCCACAGCCAGAGGAGGCUGACAUCUGGUUUGAUGAUGUUGAUCCAAAAGAUAUUGAAGCAGCAAUAGGACCCGAAGCAGCAAAAGUUGCCAGAAGAAAAAUGGGACUUGAAACGGGCCAAACCAAAGAGGCUGUGGAGCGGGUGCUGGUUAAAGAAAAGGCUUCUGAAGGGUUGACAAAAGCUGUGGCCAUGGACUGUGAAAUGGUGGGAGUGGGACCCAAGGGCGAGGACAGUAUUGUGGCUCGCGUGUCCAUUGUGAACCAGUUUGGAAAGUGCGUUUAUGACAAGUAUGUCAAGCCCACGGAAGAGGUGACUGAUUACAGAACAGCUGUUAGUGGCAUUCGCCCUGGGAAUAUAAAGACAGGAGAGGAUUUUAAAGUUGUUCAGAAGGAGGUUGCUGACAUCUUAAAUGGAAGGAUUUUGGUCGGACACGCUUUACACAAUGACUUAAAGGUCCUAUUUCUCGAUCAUCCUAAGAAGAAAAUUCGUGACACACAAAAAUACAAGCCUUUCAGGCAGAGAGUCAAGAAUGUGCGACCAUCACUGAAACUGCUCUGUGAAAGGCUGCUCAAUGUCCGAGUGCAGACAUCGGAGCACUGCUCGAUUCAGGAUGCACAAGCAGCUAUGAGACUGUACACCUUAGAAAAAAGGCGUUGGGAAGCUGCUCUUAAGGACAAAUCUAAAGUAAAGAAAAAAAAAUGAACUCUGACAUUUGAAUAAUUCUACACUGUGGUUUUUAUGUGCAGCAUUUGCUGUGUUCCUGUCAAAUUCCCACAGAAAUUUAUAGAGAACUUGGAACUGACAUCAGCUGCUUCAUAAUAAAGCUCAGCAAACAACACUUCCUGACGUGGUAUGUGAACACUUUUGUACAAGAAUACUGCAGAAAUAACCCCAGUUCUGGAGCACAUUUAUGCCUACUACACUACUGAUGCCUACUACAGUUUCAA